AUGGCUCUUCACAAAUCUCAGGCGCAGUUUGCGCGAGCCCAAUGGCGGAUCAAGCUUCUUGCCCCGAUAUGGGCUUCUCAGCUUCUCUUGACAAUGGCCAUGAUGGGUCUAUUCGCAUGGCGAUUCGGAAACACAAUGCAACACCACGAUGACAAGGUCAAAGCAGGAAAGAAGCCGACGAUAGAAUAUGCGUGGGAGGCUACGAAUAUCGCCAUGUCGUUGGUCGCCUCUUUGUGCACAUUUGUUGACAUUGCACGAUACUACACCGAGUCGCUGACGCCGUGGACAAUGCUAUUUACGCACGUCAUCAAGGCUACAUGCGCUUUUGCCAUUCUCGCGCUCGAUGUUGCCGUGUAUAUAACGCUGAGCGAGGAAAAGUACUCCCUCAUCGGCAUCGGUCUGGAUAGUCUUCUCAUUCUUUUGACUGGUGCCAUGACCAUAUACGCUUUCCUCGCCUACCGCCGCCUUGCCGCGUACGAUGACUAUGCACAUCCGGCCAACGUCAAGGGUUACGGCUUCAACGACUUGUCAACUCCGAGCAACAUAUCACAUCUCCCCGCAAACAAACGCAAUUCGCUGAGAUCAGUCAGAUUGAGCACCAGAUCGGUGAAUGAGUCUGUCAGCAUGGAUGUGCUGGACACCACGCCGUACCAUCACCAGCGAGACACUCAGUACGACGAGUACAGGGCGAAGCGCAACUCGUUCAACGCGCCGCGCGAGACAUUAGCCGGCGUUGGGGACGCCGCGCGCAACCCUCAGAGAUAUUCGCCACCAGACAGUUCACCAAAAGCCCUCUCGCCGUUGCUCAGCCCGUCCAUCGCUACGAGUCAGGUCAAGGCGUUGCAGCGUGGGCCGGCAAGACCGCGGACGACGAGCUGGGCGAGUGACCACAUGUUGGUCGCGGUGCCAGAGGAGGAAAUUGAAGCAGGCCACGGAAAUGCGGACGAGGUGUCGCUGCUCAGCCCAGACAGUAGCGAGAUGCCCGGCUUUGACGGCCCCCGAGUAGUGCAGGAUACGGAUAUACCCGAGCGUAGGUAG